AUGGCUGAAGCCCAGCUACAACUAUCAGAUUCGAGAUUCACGCAGGAUCUCGAGAAGAGACGCACUGCAGAAGACAACGACGGCCCAAACACGCCUGCUACGGCUGGGUCUUCGGAACCCGUUUCGGAGGACGAGCCCUCCUCUCCCCCAAUCUUUCGCUUACCUACGGACCCGGACGUAAAACUGCUACGCCUCCCCUCCCACCGCCGCUGGCGCGCCUACCUCUUCCAAUCAGUCCAACAAGACAUCUUCCUCGAAGCCGAGCUGCUCAUCCUAACCCUCGCCACGGGCAUCCUCGACGCCAUGACCUUCGUGUGGUACCGCACCUUCGUGUCCAAGCAAACCGGCAACGCCGUCCUCAUCGCCCUCGCCUCGCUCGAGUCCAAAGCGGUGGUUCAGACUGAACCGCACGUCGCGACCUCGCUGUGCGUAUUUGUCGCUGGCGCCGCUAUCUUCGGACAUGUUGGCCACCUCAUUGGCCAGCAUCGGCGUGUUUGGCUGAUUAUUAGCAACGUGCUGCAGACGGCGCUGGUGUACGGCGCGACUGCGCUCCGCUUCUGGGGCUCCGAUCGCAGCAAUGGGCCCGAAUCUGUUGGGGUCGUAGCACUUUUGGCGCUUUCGUGCGGCGGCCAGAUAGCGCUAGCGCUCUGUGUCAAGAUGCCCGAGCUCAACACCACCAUGAUCACAGGCGCGCUCGUCAUGCUCGCAGUCGACCGAAACAUCUUCAAGCGCAAGAACCUGGCUCGCAAUAGGCGGGUGCUGUCCUUCCUCACCAUUGUAGCUGGAGGCUUCAUUGGUGCCGCUGUAGACCGAUACUUCUCGCCUACGUUUAGCUUGCUCCUGGUGGCUGUCCUCAAGACCAUUGUGACGGUUAUGUUUCUCUUUAAUAGGGGGACGAAGAAGAGGAGGAUCAACUUGGAGGGGGCGACGGAGAGUGCCCGGAGCUCGGUCACUUUCUUGAAAGCGAUUUGGGGCGAUUGA